AUGAUAGAUUACGCCUGGAGAAAUGUCACCGCUGAAACGAUCAAGAACAGUUUUAUUAAAGCUGGAUUCGGAGAAAAAAUACACAGGCAAGAGGAAGUGCAAGAAAUUGAAGACUUUGACAUUGAGCUUCAAGAUUCAGAUUGGAUGGAAAUUAAAAGAAGCAUGGAAGUAGACGUUUCAUUUGAAGAUUUUGUAAACGUGGAUGAUUCUGUGGCUGCUUGUGGUGUCUUUACGGAUGAAGAGAUCAUUAAAGAAGUUCAGGUCAAUUCCGAAGACGACGAUGAUGAAACAGAACAGACAGAAAUUCCCAAAAUCAAUAAAAAAGAUGCUGAAAAAGCAACUGAAACUCUUAGAAACUUUCUUGAAUCACAGGACAGUAUUAGUGAGGAAGGUUUUACAGCCAUUGCAAAAUUAAAAAGAAUUGUAGAGGAAAUGAAAACUGUCAAUCAUCAAACUUUAUUAACAGCUUUUUUUCAUUGA